AUGGCUGAGGUCAACGGCGUGCUCGUGGCGAUACCGCCGCCGCCUGGCUAUGUCGUCAACUUUGACAACCCUGAGCGAAACUCGGUCGAGGCGGCCUAUGUCAUUGCUGCCGUCGGCAUGUUCCUGUCGGCUUUCUUUGUCUUUCAGAGAUUCUAUGUCAAAAUAUUCAUCCGCAAGAAGCUUGGCUUCGAUGAUGUCUGCCUAGUUAUUGCUUAUCUCGGCAGCAUCGCCAUCCAAGCUAUGGCACUACGCUCGUUUGCUAUGGGAUACAUGGGAGCCCACGGCUGGGAGAUUCCAUUCGAGAAGUUUCAACAGUUUGCAUUCACUGGUGGCUACCUCAACUCGGUCGUAUACCCGAUCCCGACCAUCUUCUCCAAGGUGACGAUCCUGCUCUUCCUCCUCGAGAUCAACGCCGUCCAAAGGUGGUACCGCUGGUCCAUCUACUUCACCCUGUUCGUCGUGGUCGGUUCGGGCAUCGGCAUCUUCAUCUCCUCCAUCUUUGCCUGCUGGCCCAUCGAGAAGUCCUACAACCUCUUGUUCCCUCCCACAAUCGGUUCAUGCGUCGACCGCCCGGCAAUGUACCAGGCCACGGCGGCGUUGGGCGUCAUCACCGACGUCUUGAUCAUUUCCAUCCCGGUACCCAUGAUCUGGACGCUGCAGAUCUCCAAGAACAAGAAGAUUGGACUUCUCGUCUUGUUCUCCAUUGGCUCCGCUACCGUUAUCACUUCCAUCGUACGCCUCUAUCUCUUGAUCACAGUCCUGGACUCGAUUGACCAGACCUGGGGUGGUGGUCCCGUCACAGUUUGGAUUCUCGUCGAGGCCAACCUCCUCAUCAUGUGUGCCUGCCUGUCGACGCUGCGCCACUUCUGCCGCGCCGUGGCACCUCAAUUCCUCAGCAGCAGCCGCGGCACCAAAGGCAAGAACAGCCUGUCCAACACCAACGGCUCCGUGCAGCUCCAGACCAUUGGCCAGGUCUCGAGCAAAGGAAAGGGCAGCAACAAGCACUUUGUCAAGCUCGACGGGCGCAACGACAUCGAGUCGCAGGCCUACGCCGGCCGCUCCUCGCUCGAAACCAAGCGCAGCGAGGAUGGCAGCGACAGGGGCAUAAUGCAGACAAAGACGACUCAGAUCACCUACUCGCAGCAGCCCCUCCACUAA